UCCCUGACACAGGGACCUGGACCCACUUUGCCCUGCCAGAGGCAGACAUGGUGCCCCUGCUGCUGCUGCCCCUGCUGUGGGGGGGGUCCCUGCAGCAGCCACUAGGCUAUGAGCUCCGAGUGCAGGAAUCGGUGACGGUGCAGGAGGGUCUGUGUGUCCAUGUGUCCUGCUCCUUCUACCCGUGGAGUUCGUGGUAUUCCUCUACCACAGUCUAUACCUACUGGUACCGAGAGAGGGACAACAUAAACCGUGAUGCUCCCAUGGCCUCGAGCAACCGAGAUAAACCAGUGAAGACAGAGACCAAAGGCCGCUUCCUCCUCGCGGACCCCACGACCAGCAACUGUUCCCUGCAAAUCAGAGACGCCAGGAGGAGUGACUCAGGACGCUACUUCUUCCGAGUGGAGACAGAACAUUCUAGAUUUCAUCCCCAAGGUUAUACUUACCGAUAUAAGAUGCUGGAUUUGCAGGUGACAGCCCUGACAGAGAGACCCCACAUCCGUGUACGGGAGCUUCUGGAGUCCGGCCGCCCCACACAGCUGGCCUGCAGCCUGCCAGGGGCCUGCGAAGGGGGACGACCUCUCACCUUCUCCUGGGCGGGAGCCGCUGUGGACUCACUGAACCCCCAGACACUCCGCUCCUCGGUGCUCACCUUCACCCUGAGGCCCCGGGACCAUGGCACCAGCCUCACCUGUCAGGCCCAAGUCCAAGGAUCUUUGGUGGCCACACAGACAACCAUCCAGCUCAAUGUCUCCUAUGCCCCAGGGAACCUCAUCAUAGGCAUCUCCUUCAGAAACGACACAGCCUUUAAGAAUCUGCAAACCACAUCCCUAACCAUCCUGGAGGGAGAGGCCCUGAGGCUGCGCUGUGUGGCUGACAGCAACCCCCCUGCGGAGCUGAGCUGGUUCCGGGGGUCCCCAGGCCUGAACGCCACCCCCCUCUCCAGCAUCGCGAUCCUGGAGCUGCCUCGCGUGGGGCCUGCACAGGAAGGAGAGUUCACCUGCCAAGCUCGGCACCCGCUGGGCUCCCACAGGUUCUCUCUCAGCCUCUCCGUGGUCUGCAGCCCGCACUCCAGCAGAUGUGUGACCGAGGAGCAGCAGGGCUCCUGGCCCCUGGUCCUCACCCUGAUCAGAGGGGCCCUCAUGGGGGCUGGCUUCCUCCUCACCUACAUCCUCACCUGGCUCUACUACACCAGGUGUGGAGGCCCCCGGAGCAGGAGGCAGAGCUCCUGAUGGAUCCUCCCUUCCUCUCAGGAUGGGACUGAGGUGCAGACACCAGGCUACAGGGACCGUCCUGGGACGUCAACGUCACCUUCUCCCUGGAAGCUCUUGACUCACCUGCCUCCAAUGUGCCCCUGGGGUCUCAGGGUGUGAACAUGACUGAGUGACGCCAAGGGGAGUCAGUGCCAUGGAGAGAAGACUUUUCCUCCUCUCACCUCCGGAGAGGAGGGGCCGCUGUGCCCGGGAAGCCCGGAUUUCCUCAGGAAGCAGAUGCAGGUGCAGGGCCGCCUAGCGAAGGCCUUGAUUGGGUUCCAUGGGAAACGCAGGCAGGGCAGGGUGAGCCGUUCAGGACCAGCUGGUGUGUGUCAGUCUGGGGGAUGGGCCUGUGGCGUGGUCUCUGUGUGUCUGGUCCCAGGUCCUGGGUGAUUUGGGGCAGGUGGGGAGGCUGGGAAUAUGGGCUCAGGAUGGGUCGGUUGCAUCUGAAAUUCUUUGCUGUCUCUGUGAAUGGGCCGCCCUGGGAGGCCCUUUGUCUCCUUGGCUUCCCAUCUGCUUAAUGGCUCAAAACAUCAUAAGAUACAGAAAUAAACAAUAAUACACACCCAC